CUGUAUGGAUAGCUCCCCGAAGUGAAAAGUUAGCGUUUAGCCGUUUUGAAGUUGGUACUUCGGGGGAAGGAGAAAUACUCCCGUGGGGCAGAGGAGAUUCCAGAGAGAGAACCAUAAUGAACGUACAGGCCCUCACCCAAGGAGCGCCUCUUUCCUCUAGGCCCCUGGCUUGGACAGGCCCCGGACCCCUGGGUUUAUUUAUCCCUACCGGAGUCCUGGAUGCCCACCCGGGAGCAGCUUCGGGGCCAUGCCAAUUUCACCCACUUUAAACGCUUUGCAUCCUGAUUUUUUCUGUCUCCUAUCUAGAUCGAUUCAGUGACGCAGAGCCUUUCAGGGUUGGCUGGAAGCCAAAGCCCAGCCUCCCGAUGGAGUCUGAAUCCAGCCGACCUGAAGAGGAGACCCCUUCCCUCUUGUGGGGUUUGGAUCCUGUGUUUCUAGCCUUUGCAAAACUCUACAUCAGGGAUAUCCUGGACUUGAAGGAGUCCUGCCAGGUACCAGGAGUAUUUUUUUACAAUGGGCAUCCAAUAAAACAGGUGGAGAUCUUGGGAACUGUAAUUGGAAGAAGAGAAAAGGAUACUUUCUACAGCUAUGGAGUGGAUGACAGCACUGGAGUUAUAAACUGCAUCUGCUGGAAAAAGUCGAACAAUACCGAGUCUUCCUCAGCCCUAUUAACGACAGGUGGUCCAACUAUAGGGGAGCUGAACUUAACCUCACAGCUUAAGAAGCUGCAAGAGACCAUUGAGCAGAGAACAAAGAUAGAAAUUGGGGACAUUAUCCAAAUCAGAGGUUACAUCCACACAUACAGAGAAGAACGAGAAAUUCGUGUCACUACUUAUUAUAAAGUGGAUGAUCCAGUGUGCAACAUACAAAUUGCAAGGAUGCUUGAGCUUCCCAGUAUCUACAGGAAAGUUUAUGACCAGCCUUUCCAGAGCCCAGCCCUAGAGCAAGAAAGCAAUCCAGGUGCCCUGGACCUUGCCAAUCUCACAUGUUUGCUGAGUGAAAAAGCCAAAGAAUUCCUCGUGGAGAACAAAGUACAAACCUUUUACCGGCAGGAAUUGGAAACUGUGGAAUCUCUGCUGUCCCUGGCCAGUCAGCCUGUGACUCACAGCUCCUGCUCUGAGCAGGUGGAUGUUAAGAAUGAAACCACUUCCAAGGCAAUUCAUAGUAUAUUUAAGAAUGCUAUACAGCUUCUGCAGGAAAAAGGAUUUGUUUUCCAGAAAGAUGAUGGUUUUGAUAACCUAUACUAUGUAACCAGAGAGGACAAAGAACUGCACAGAAAAAUACACCAUAUCAUUCAAGAAGACUGUCAGAAACCAAAUCACAUAGAGAAGGGCUGCCACUUCCAGCACAUCUUGGCCUGUGCUCGCCUGAGCGUCAGCCCGCGCCUGAGCGAAGCUGUGCUGCAGCAAGUGCUGGAGCUCCUGGAGGACCAGAGUGACAUCAUCAGCACUAUGGAGCACUACUACACAGCGUUCUGAGGAGCUGCCGGCAGAUGGCGUGGGCGGAGCCAGGCCAAGGAAGAGGAAGACCGGGCGGCAAUCACUCCCAGGCUCUGAUUUUAAACAUCACGCAGAGGCUGAUAGGUCUGGUGGCAGUUACCUCCUAAGAAACUAUGAAAUAUAGUCAUUUAAGGGAUGCAAUUGGGCAUAAAUUCUGUAGGCUGCCCUCUUGCUGCUGUAUCCUUGGGAUAAAGUCACUUCUGUCUCCGCCAUGACAUAGAGGGAAACCUGUCCUGUCGACCUCCUGACUGGACCGGGCGUUGCUCUUGGAGCAGAAGGGGAGGAAACAGUGUUGGCGGCUGAAUCGGGGUACAUGUGGCUUGAGGCCCUAUCAGGGUAAAGGAAUGUCACGUGGUAAAGUGAACUGAAGAGCAUAUAGCCAGAGCACACAGAUCUAAAACCUUCUCGAACUUCAGACCAUCAGCUACAUUCUUGUAGGCCUCUCCCAGUGGUUAAGAACCUAAUGUAGGGGACUUAUUCUUGAAUGAGUACCACUCACCUAUGAUUGCCAAGGGUCAAGUACCAGUGGUGGGUCCUGAGCCCUCGGAUGAAUGGUGUUUACAGACCCACCCAGAGACGGGAAUAAAUGGAUCUAAGGCAUGGCUCUGUGUUGGUCAUUUUCCUUACUUUCCUUCUGAAUCAAAAGAUGUCUCAGUACAUUUCCUUAACACUUUGAGGACAUAUGUGACUAAAUACAUUGUCCUUUAACACCCUGAAGUCCUUAGAGGCUCUCAGCCAAAUGCCUGGCUGGUAGAUGUUACUCUCAAGGUUACUGUUGAACGCACAGGGCGUCCCGACACCAUCCAGACGAACACUCUGUGCCCAGACAGGUGGUGGAAUCUGAGGUAUGUAGCAGGCUUGUUCUAACAGCUAAAUGACAAAUCGACAAACGCAGCCAGCAAAAAAAAAAAAAAAAUGAAGUGUCAGGAAUGAUUUGGAGUUAAUUACAGUCGUUUCAAAGAGGCACAUCUGCCUCCGUCUGCUGCCUUUGCUCUUGACGUAACAAGCUCUUAGUGGCUCUGCUGCAGAGCCCGCAGGCCUCCAGAGUCGUUCUGCUCUAUGUGGAAAUGCAGUGGUUUUAAUACUCACAAGUUGGCUGCAGUUUCACAUGUCAGGCUGAGGGCUAGGACCAACAGAUUGCUUCCUGUUGGGGACUUUCUGACUUGACCCAAACAUCUGCCAUAUUUCUAACAGCCGUUUACCCAGAUGGCUGCCCUGUGUCCUCUGUCCAUUCAGAAGCUUCCCAUAGAACGGGGUCUGCCUGGAAUAACAUCCCAGCGGUUCUUCCUGAUAGCAGCGGAUGUUCCGUAUUGAAUACAUCUCAGAUUAUCAGGGCUGCCCAGGAAGGAGUCUGAACCAGCAGCGCAUUUCCAGGAUUUAUCCCAAGGAGAUGAUCGCACAGGUGUGAGGUGUGAAAGGAUGAACACACAAGAUUCCCAUUGCUGUGUAAUUCAGAGUUCUACAACUGGGAAAAAUAUCCGUAGGAAAAAGUUAAUUAUGAUACGUGUACACAGUGAAACACUAUGCAGCCAUUAAAUGAUGGAGUAGACAGAUCCUUUUGCCGUGGAGCACUCUUCCCAAGAAAACUGAGGUACAGGUCUGUUUACAGAGUAUACUACCAUUGAGCCGUAUGUGUAUGUCUGUACAUCUGCAUAAAUGUGGCACAUGUAUGCACGUACAUAUAGUUGAUCACUCCCGGGGCCCCCCUCCCCUCCCCACCCCCCCCCCCCCUGCCGCCCAAAAUACUUUCUGCACUUGGCUUUCAGGACACCACACUCUGGGUGCUCUUUCUCAGUCUCCUUUUCAUGGUCUUCCAUGUCCCCGGGGGCUCAGGGUUCAGUCCCAGAGCUCAUUCCUGUGCAGCUUGCCCCCUUGGAGAUGUGAAGCAGUCGUGUGGCUCAGAACAUCCAUAUGCUGACAGGCUCUCCAAUUUACAUCCAGUUAAGACCUCUUCUGAACUCCAGACCCCUGCAUUCAGCUUCCUGUUGACGUCCCCACUGAGGUGUCUAACAGCUGUCACAAACCCCUGCCCAAAGCCAGGCGCCUGAUCACCCCUGACUGAAGACUUGUGCCUUCUGAAGUUUUGCCUGAUUCACAAAAGCAGCCCCAUCAUUCCAGUUGCCUAGGCCAAACCCGUUGACUUUUUCUCUUUCUCUCACAUUCCACCUCCAACCUGCCUACCAGUUACCUUGGCACUACCUUCAAGGUAUUUCUAGAAUCUAACUGCUCCUCACGGCUCCACUGCUACCACUUGGAGCAUUGCAGGUGCCUCCUGACUCGACUCCCUGCUUCCGCCCUGGCCUCCCUUUAGUUCACUUAGCACACAGCAGCCAGUGCCAUCUGUUAAAACUGAAGCCAGAUUCUGUCCUCCUCUGCUCCAGCUCUCCAUGACUCUGUUGGUCUCACUCCAGGUAGGACCUCAGGGCAUCCCAGUAUCAACAAGGAGCUGCUCUGCCUGGCCUCCUCUCCGAAUUCCUCCCUCCCCCUCCCCUCUGCACCCACCCUGCUCAGCUUCAUAGGCCUGCCUCACUGUUCCUCACACCCCAGGGACAUUCCUGCCUUAGGGCCGAUGUGCUUGUUUCUUCUGCCUGGAAUGUUCCUCACCCAGAUAACCAUGUGAUGGCCUUCCCCCCUCCCCUCCUUUAGGUCUUUGCUUGGGUGUCCCCUUCUCCCUUGGGCCUGUCCUUGAUCCCUCUUUUGCUAAUCACAACCAGCCCCUUCUCCCUCCUUCCCAGGACUCU